CCCAAACCUUCAUCAGGACCUCACAAAUCAAGAGAAUGUCUCCCAUUAAUCCUCAUAUUGCGAAACCGAUUGAAAUAUGCUCUCACAUACCGUGAGGUUAUUGCAAUUUUGAUGCAACGCCAUGUUUUAGUUGAUGCCAAGGUCAGGACUGAUAAGACCUAUCCAGCUGGUUUCAUGGAUGUUGUGUCCAUUCCCAAAACAAGCGAGAAUUUCCGGCUUCUCUACGACACGAAAGGUCGUUUCCGUCUUCACUCAAUCAGGGAUGAAGAGGCUAAGGUUUUUCAAGCUUUGUAAGGUACGCUCAGUGCAGUUUGGGCAGAAGGGAAUACCUUAUCUGAACACUUACGAUGGGCGUACAAUCCGUUACCCUGAUCCUCUAAUCAAGGCAAACGACACCAUCAAGUUGGACCUUGAGUCAAACAAAAUUGCUGAUUUCAUUAAGUUCGACGUAGGAAAUGUUGUGAUGGUGACUGGUGGAAGAAACAGAGGGCGAGUGGGAGUAAUUAAGAACAGAGAGAAGCACAAGGGAAGCUUUGAGACCAUUCACAUUCAGGAUGCAACUGGGCAUGAAUUUGCCACUCGGCUUGGCAAUGUGUUUACAAUCGGGAAGGGGACGAAGCCAUGGGUGUCCCUCCCUAAGGGCAAGGGUAUCAAACUAACCAUCAUUGAAGAAGCCAGGAAGAGGCUUGCUAGCCAAGCAGCAGUUACCGCUUAAGAGUUCCGAGUUAUUACUAAAUUGUAGCCUUGAGUUUUUUAAUCAUUUUUGGUAGACACAUACCUUUCUCGAAUUUGCUCUCCUAUUAUGGCUAAGUUUGUAUUUUGAGACAAUUUAUUUCUACCAGAAUUAUCGGUGAGGUCGUUGCUUCUUUGAUUUUGUUUUAAAGAACACUUUUGGCGUAUUCGUAGUUGUGUAAUGUGUUGUGACUCUGCUCUAUAGCUUCAAUGAUCUAAUCUAUGGUCAUUUUUUCUAUCA